UCUUAGUCUUUACACCAGGUGAACGUCACAGUCUCUCUCUCUCUCUCUCUGUGUAAGGAGGGAGAGGGAGAGGGAGGGGGAGAGAGAGAGAGAGAGAGAGAGAGAGCGCGCGUCUCACUUCCUCAAUCGACGGAAUCAGUGAACGAAAAAACCACGAGGAAAAGAGUAACUUUGCGUGCGUCUGCUGCGGUGGAAUAGAGCGAGCACUGAGCAGGUGACCCUGGCACUUGUCACCAUGGCUCCUUUCUUGAGGAUCACCUUUAACUCGUAUGAGUUGGGCGUCCUGCCCCCACUGGAAGAUGCUCCCUUCUGUGCAAUCAAGAUGAAGGAGGCCUUGACAACUGAACGAGGUAAGACCCUGGUUCAGAGGAAACCUACCAUGUACCCAGCAUGGAAAGCUAGUUUUGAUGCGCACAUCUACGAGGGUCGUGUGCUUGAGGUAUUGCUGAUGAAGACAGCAGAAGAGCCUCUGGCUGAAGUCUCUGUCGGUGUGUCUGUCCUUGCCGAGCGCUGCAAGAAAGCCAACGGACGUGCGGAAUUUUGGGUUGAUCUCCAUCCUUCUGGGAAAGUAAUGAUGGCAGUGCAGUACUUCCUGGAGGGAGCGGAUACAGAGAGGAAGCAGGACGCAAAAGAGGAAGAGGCACCUACUCUGAACCGCAGACGAGGGGCAAUCAAACAAGCCAAGAUCCACUUCAUAAAGAACCAUGAGUUCAUUGCCACGUUCUUCAGACAGCCCACUUUCUGCUCCGUCUGCAGAGAGUUUGUUUGGGGGCUCAACAAACAAGGCUAUAAAUGCAGACAAUGCAAUGCAGCCAUCCACAAGAAAUGCAUAGACAAGAUUAUUGGCAGAUGCACCGGUACUGCUGCUAACAGUCGGGAUACUAUGUUCCAAAAGGAGCGCUUUAAGAUUGACAUGCCGCACCGCUUCAAGACCCACAACUACAUGAGUCCCACCUUCUGCGACCACUGUGGAAGUCUGCUGUGGGGUAUUGUCAAACAAGGCCUGAAGUGUGAAGAUUGUACCAUGAAUGUUCAUCACAAGUGUCAGGAUAAAGUCGCCAACCUUUGUGGUAUCAACCAGAAGCUACUUGCUGAAGCACUGACACAAGUCAGCCAGAAAUCGUCCACCCGCCGUUCAGAUCCAAACCUGCCUAAUUUGCCAGAUAUUGGAAUCUAUGACGAAGUUAAUAAACUUGCUGGAUUGGAAAUCAAUGAUGGAUCUGCCUAUGGCAGACUGUGGGAGGGAUCCAGUCCUCGGCCUCAGUCGCGUAUUACCCAUCUGACCCGCAUCAAUGUGGACAACUUCAUCCUCCACAAGGUUUUGGGGAAAGGCAGCUUUGGCAAGGUUCUUCUAGCAGAGCUGAAAGGUCACGGCGAGUACUUUGCUGUGAAGGCACUGAAGAAAGACGUAGUGCUGAUGGAUGAUGACGUGGAGUGCACUAUGGUAGAGAAGAGAGUCUUGGCUUUAGCCUGGGAAAAUCCCUUUCUCACACACCUUUACUCCACCUUCCAGACCAAGGAGCAUCUGUUCUUUGUGAUGGAGUAUCUGAAUGGAGGAGACUUGAUGUUUCAUAUUCAAGAGAAAGGGCGCUUUGAACUCUAUAGAACCACGUUCUACUCGGCUGAGAUCAUUUGUGGUCUUCAGUUUUUACAUUCCAAAGGGAUCAUCUACAGAGAUCUUAAGUUAGACAAUGUGAUGUUGGAUCAUGAGGGACACAUAAAGAUCGCCGACUUCGGGAUGUGUAAGGAGAACGUGUUUGGAGAGAAUCGUGCCACGACAUUCUGCGGCACUCCUGACUACAUCGCUCCUGAGAUCCUGCUGGGACAGAAAUACUCUUUCUCAGUUGACUGGUGGUCAUUUGGAGUGUUGCUAUAUGAGAUGCUGGUCGGACAGUCGCCUUUCCAUGGAGAUGAUGAGGAUGAGCUGUUUGAGUCAAUCCGCAUGGAUACUCCUCACUAUCCUCGCUGGAUCAACAAAGAGGCCAAGGACCUGAUGGAGAGGUUGUUUGAGAGAGACCCCACUCGCAGGCUAGGAAUCGUGGGUAAUAUUCGUUUACACCCCUUCUUCAAAGCCAUUAACUGGCAGGCCUUGGAGAGGAGGGAGGUUGAACCCCCCUUCAAACCGAAAGUGAAAGCACCCAACGAUUGCAGCAACUUUGAUCGGGAGUUCCUCAGUGAGAAGCCUCGGCUCUCUUACAGCGACAAGAACUUCAUAGACUCCAUGGACCAGUCAGCUUUCGCUGGUUUUUCAUUCAUCAACCCAAAGAUGGAGCACAUUUUAGAAAAGUAACUGUUCUUAUGACAAUCAGACUCGGGUCACGUCUCUACUGUUUAUGAGAUAGUUCACUUACUCUGUCACAGAGAAGUGAGCUGACCCACAUCCAGUAUUUGUGUGAACUUAUCUCAAGCACAAACUAUUCUUCAUGGGUACGUUUAGAAAAAAUAAGAGUAGAAAUAAGUCCUUGUACGGUACAUGUUAAUUUUAUUGUAUUUGUGUGCAUGCUAAUUAUUUGUUUAGGUUGUAAAGGCCUGUAUGAAUAAUAAUUUUAUGGCUGGAGGCUGAAAAGCUUUCACUGUAGCCAUUCUGCAUCUCUUUUUGGUCAGUUCUGUCAGUUCAACUCAAGUGGUAUUGAAUACUUGUGAACAGGGAAAGAAACAGAAGAAUAAUUUGUACUGUACACUUCAAAUGUAGAUUGUGUUAAUGAGGUGACAGCAUGUAAAGAAAGAAACCCCAUCUAUGUUCGUUGUUGCCUAAUUGUGAAUGUAUGAUUUCUUGCCUUGGAUUGGAUGAAUGUCUUGCAGAAAAAGAACUUGUGGUUGUCUGGUUGACUGAACAGUGCCAUGUAAAGAUCAAAUGUAAACAGAGCUACAGCUGUUUGUAAAUGUCCGACAGGGUCAGGGAUGGAUUGUGUGCAGUCGGGGGUGCAAAAAUGUUAGUAAUGGUACGCGACUGUAAACAAUACGCAGGAAGUCACUAAAAUGCUGUGUAGAUAAUAUGCAUAUGUACAGUAUGUUGAUGUAACAUGUUUAUUGGUUCACUCAGGAUGUACCUUUUGCUUUUUUUUAUUUUUACUCCAUCUUUUACAUCUGAUUAAAAUACAUCAACUCUCAA